AUGAAUCUUGUGGUAGAUGAAUGCACAGAAGUGUCACCAAGUGGGCAUCAAAAUAUUGGCAUGGUGUCAUACGAGGGGAACAGCAUUAUUAUGUUGGAAGCUUUGGAACGAGUAUAG